CAUUUCUUUGCGACCAGAUCAUUAUCGUCCAUCGGCCCAGACACUCUCCGACUUGGACAAAACACCUUCGCAGGAAAUGCGGACUUGACAAACAUGGCGCCCUUGACCAGUUCGGCCAUCAACAAGGGCAAGAAGUUCGCUCCCAAAGCUGCUGUCGCCCGCCGUCGCCCUGCCGCUCAACCUGCUCCCAAGCCUGCAACCCCUGCAGAGCCAACACUGUCAAGCACUUCCGAUACCGUUACUGGUACCCCACAAGCAGACACGACCUCGACACAACCUGACCGACAACAAGCUCCGACUGCCCCUCUGCCUACCCCGCCUGCAACUCAGCAAUCUCCAGCGACUCAACCUCCGACCGCCGCCGCUGCUGCUGCUCAGCAACCUUCUAGACAACCUACUCCUCCACCGCCGGCUGCUCUCCCACACCACUUGGAGCCGUCGCCGCUUUCUCUUGCUCGGUCCGAUAAUCCGCUCCGACAAUCAGCUCCAUCUGCGGCAUCUGUCGCACAAACACCUCCCUCUUCGCAAGUCCCGAUCGCUUCCACUCCGCCACCCACUCAAUCUGUCGUCCAACUACCUGAGUCGAUCACCAACGAUGCCUCUUCCUACCCCGAGCAGUCGGCAAACACUGCGCCGUCUUCGCCAAACCAGCUGGCUGGUCAGAAAAGAAAACGCCCGACACCUUCACCUUCCGCGCCAUCUCAAGAAGUCGCAGCACCGCAACCCUCUCAAUCUACCGUUCUUCAACCUGCACCCACCUUGGAGUCUAACACCGAAGCUGCCCUGAUCAAUACGCUCAUUGAACAUCAAGAACAGCCAAGAGCCCCGGUAGCCCAAAUGCUACCACCCGUCAAUUCACCAGCCACAGCUUCCAAACCUCGCGCAAAGCGACAGAGGAAAAUCGCCGCUACUCAGCUCUCCGACGCUACCGGUGAUGAUUCGCAAGCCGCUGGAGGUGCUCAAGAGAACGAUGCCGGUCCAACACCUGUUGCGAAACCCAAGAAACCUAGAGCCCCAAGAGCGAAGCGUGCGCCCAAAUCUGCUGCGACAGUUGUCGAAGACGAAAAUGGAAACAUAGUCGAGACAGAAGAGUCUGCUCCCCGUCCCGUACCCAAGCCAAGGAAGCCUCGUCAAAAGAAGAAACAAUCGCAAGUCGAAGGAGAAGGUGGAGAUACUGGCCAGGAUGACCCCGUCGAUGACCCAGAGAAUCACGAAGUUGAUGUUGCAGAAACCACAAUGUUCGAACUCACCAAGGAUAGAGGGCUGGGCAAGGUCUCGGAACGAGAGACUAAGAUGGCCGCCAUAGAUUGGGACGAGGUACACAGAAAGAGAGUGGCAGAAGCAGAAGCCAUCAGAUCCGGUAUAGAUCCAGCCACGCUCAACGCACAGCCGACCGAGAACAACGAAGGCGGUGAAGGCGGAGAAGGAGAGAACACCAAUGAUACGCCACGACCAGCACCGGUAGUUACAGGACCUCGUCUACGUCUGGACGCUGAAGGAAACCUGGUCGUGGAAGAAGACUCUCUGCGCAUCGAUCGUCAAGCUCAGGCAGCCCGCAACGCGGAGAACCUGGUCGUAACCGAGAACGAUGAUUUGACGAAACGCGUGAACCAAAUGAGCUGGAUCAACGAGCGCCGACGCGAUCCCACCGACCGUGUACCAUUCUUCAAGAUGAAGUCUGACCCUUGGAGCGAUGAGGAAACAGACCGUUUUUACGAUGCCCUUCGCAUGUUUGGCACCGACUUCUUUAUCAUCUCGAAGAUGUUCCAGCCCAAGACUCGCCGCCAGAUCAAGUUGAAGUUCAUUCGCGAAGAAAAACUCGAUCCCGACCGUAUCAACCGUGUGCUGGCAGGAGAAUCAUCAGUCCCAAUGAACCUCGAAUCCUUCGCGGAAGCCACCGGCCAGGAACUAGGCGGUUUCAAGGACCCACGAGAGCUAGAAGAGGAGUUGAGAGUUGAAGGAGAAGAGCAACGCGUGGAGAUUGCCCGCAAGAAGAAGGAGAUGGAAGAGGCAAAGGAGCAAAGAGAUAUCCAGAUGGCAGCCAGAGAGAAGGACCAGGAAGAGCGCGCAGCGCAGAAACGGGAGAAGGCUGCUAUGCGCCAGAACAAACGCAGAGGCAUCUUCGGUACCGGAACCUUCUGAGCACAUCUUUUCUGCUUGCAAAGUACAUAGUCAUUACACAGGCUUGCUAAUAACCACGACGAUACGCUAAUAACGAAUAAACAAGAAUUGCUCAAUGCAAUAGUUUCUCCGACUCUAACUGCUCUUGAUCAGCCCAACAGAUACGCGUUUACGCUCUGCAGUGUCGUCCGACUGGGAUUGGCAUCCGGUUUGGCCACGGAUAUCCAACUG